AUGAGAAAGAUCUCAAAGAGAAGAGAAGAUAUUAAAAAAAAGAUGUCAGAAGAGACAGAUAACAUUGCAGUAGAAGAAAUUAUAGAUGAGCAUCUACAAAAAGAUUUAGCUACAGAAGAAAAUCAGAACAUAAUAGAAACAUUGAGAGGCAAAGUAAGAGAAAAGCUAAAAAAUGUUAAGAUUAAUCAAGGUGAAAAGUCUUCAACUCAGCUGCUCAUUGAUACUAGGAUACAUCAGUGGUCUGAGUAUAAUACUGGUUUACCACUGUUUAAUUGACAGACCGAAGUCUCAUUGGAUGAAGGUCUUUCGUUUUUCAUUUUAAAUGAUGAAGGCAGCUCAGAUGGCCGAGCUUUGGACCAGUCUUUAGAGCAGAGAUCAAUAAAUGAUAAUUACGCAAAACACAUUUCACCUGGUAAUAAUUUGCAAAAUUUUGCUGAGAGCCAAGAUGAAAAUUUUAUGGAAGAAGUCAUUUAUCCAGAUUUACUUGAAGUAAAAGCUGCUGAAUAUGAAGAUGAUCAAGAACAAAUAAAAAAACAGGCAAACAUUUUUGUGCCAAGUAGUUCUCCAGUGGUCAACCAGUGUAAACUGCCAAAAGACAUGAUGCCACGAAUUUUAGAAGAUGAAGGAUUAUAUAUUCAGAGAAAACCAGAAAUAUAUAAAAAGACCUGCAACAAAAUGGAAAAUCGCCUGCUUAAACUAGAAGAGGGAAAGUGUUGGUUUGAAGAAAGUGGAGAAAUAAUGUCAUUACCUUCACCAAUUAGAAGGUCAUGGAAUUUCAGACUGAACAUAAGAAAGGAAUCCUUAAAUCCAGCACUAAAGACCAUAUACAGGAAGGCAGUAAAAUCUGACCUAGAAAGCUCUCUUAGGAACAAAAUGGAAGGUCAAAGGGAAACGUGCCAGUUAGAUCUCAACAUUGUGGGUUUGCAAUUCAGCCAUCAUCCUCUCUUCAAUCAAGAGCAAGUAUUAUGUGCUAGGCUGCUUCAGCUUUAUGAGUGUUUUCAGAACAGGCAGCAACAGAAUUUACCUCAGCUACUUUAUGAGAAGCUUAAAGCACUGACAGAUGCUACCGAACUAGCAAAUGAACAUUCAGAAAUAAAUCAACUGACCAAAAAAUCUUUACAAGAUUAUUAUUGGCAGAUAAGUAAUACAAAACAGCUGUAUGACUUAGAAAGGGAAAAGGACCUCUCGCUACUACACAGUAUGUUACGGACUUGGAAACAGAUAAAAUCCCUUAGAAAACGGCAGGGGUUUACAAGCACCCCAAUAAAGUUACAGUUUCAGAGGAUUAAAAUGAAUGAAUGUGAUGAACAAAAACAAGAAGAACUGUCAGAAAUGUCUGAGACUGAGAGGAAAACUGAAGGAAAAGGAUAUAAGAAUGGGGAACAACAGGAGAGCUUCUCAUGUUUAGCUUCAGAACUUGAAGAAACAGAAAUUCAAGGGAUAAAGCCAAUUACCUUGAUGCCACAACUUUCUUUCACUGUAGAAUUAACAAACUUAUACAAAUGUUCACAGCAUGAACAAAAGAGGAGAGCCAAAAUUCAGAAGCUUAAAUAUUUUAUUAAAAUAUUUUACAAUGAUAAACAGGUUUCUUGCACUUCAGUAUCUCCCCUACAGAUUGACUUUAAAGUCAUGUUUCAGCAAAUUUUCAAUAUUCAACUAAUCAAUUGGCCUGAAACAAUUUGCUUGGAGGUUUAUGAAAUAAGUAAAAGGACAACCUUAUUGGCAAAACUGUAUUUACCUUUACCUAACAACACAGAGCUGAAAAGCAAAACUGUUUUGGAAUAUGUAGAAUUUAGCUGUGAUAAGCUGGUCAUACCUGCAUAUGGAGAAGUAGGAAGCAAUGUGCCUUUUCUUCUUGAGGGAAAUGAAACUGAAGAACUUUGUCUGCUGACGUCAGGAAAACUAAGCUAUUCUCUAUCGUGGGCCUUAGAUGAAAAUGGUGUUCCUCUGACACCUAUGUCACAGUCAUUAAGAUCUGCCUACUGCAGUGUUUUAAGGAAUGUAGAUGCUAGAGGUGUUCCUGGAAUUCCAUGGCUCAUUAAUACACAGAAGCUUUUUGAAUGGGUAAAUGAAGUCAGGAUUGAUCCAAAUAACCCAGAAUAUUCAGAUUUAAUGGAAUUUAUUAUGUACAUGAAACAUAAGGGCCAAGACAUUCCAAAGUAUUUUCGUCUUGAACAGUUGCAAGAUGAAUUUAAUUUUGUUUCUGAAGAGGAAAUGAAAAAGAGUAAACGUUUCCAGCUAUUGCAGCUUAGAAAUGCAGGUCAAUUAGAUGUUUUCUUUCUGCAGCAAAUGCCCCUUUAUGAUCGAGAGAUUCCGGAUUUAGUCUUCCAGGAAUUUGAAAGUCAGAUAGAGAAGGAUGUAUCCAUUUCAGAUGUGAAUUCUAUUACUGCACAAAGGAUUCAUUCUGCCAAUUUUCUGAAAAAGAUGAGACGGUUGAUAAUGAAAAGAAUUGUGAAAGUGAGCAGAUUUAAAUUAUCAGAUAUUGUGAUUGAUUAUGAAGAAAUUAUAUCUGCAAGCCAGUUGACACAUGCACUUUGUAAGCUUGUUGAACGGCGAAGAAAGUUAAAGCCUCGAAGGAAAGAAAGGAAAAAGCUUGCAGCACAGACCGUCUCUCAGGGAGACAUUAAGAUUCUUGUCAGAAUUCUGAGGGCCUAUAAUAUUCCUACCAGAAAAACAACAGUCAAUAGAGCCUUGGAUGUGCCUACUUUUUUGAUGUCAUCCGUAUCUCGUCUCAGACAUAAAGAAACAAUCAAAUCAGUAGCCUCAGAGGAGAUAUUAAAUGAGAUAAGUAUUUAACACUUCUAUAAAGAUACUGUACACCCUUUUGUGGAAGUUUCUUUUCAACACACUGUAUACCAAACCAAUACUGCAAGUGGAUCUCAUCCAUGCUGGAAUGAAGAAAUUAAAGUAGACUUUGUCUCACCAGGGCAUGAUUACAGCUUCUCAAGCUUAUCUAAAAUAAAAGACAAUAUAUAUAUCAACAUUUUUGAUGAAAUGAUGAUUGAAAAACAUGAGGAUCACUGUCUCAAGAGCUGCAGUGGUCAUACAUAUAUAAGAAAGAAUUGGCUUGGGUCCAUUGUCUUCCCGUUCUCUGCUCUUCUGCAACAAUCUGAGAUUAGUGGAACAUUUCAAGUAAAUAUUCCACCAAUUUUGCUUGGGUAUACUUGGAGUAAGACUUAUGUGUCUCCUAAAGAGGAUUACAAUGGGCAGAAUUUAAAAGAAUGUACCUUUUUAAAUAUUUUUGCUACCAUUGAACCUCAAAUAUCAUAUAUCACCUAUAAUCCAGAACCAAAUAAGUUUUCAGAUCAAAUAGAUGUUCUGGAGAGAGCACAGAUUUUUAAAAAAAAUUGUAAGGCAAUGUUUCCCAACCGAAGAAUCACAACUACUGUUUUUAAUGAUGAAGGGAUACAGAUCUUAGUAACAAGAUAUAUCAAAGCAUUAAAUCCACCUCAACAACUUCUGGAUAUAAUUCUUCAUGAUUCUAAUGCAACAUUUGACCUCGUUGCUCGAUUUGUAUCUUUGAUUCCUUUUAUGCCUGAUACACUGGAUGAAAAUGAUGGUUCUGAUAUAUGGAUGACCUCAGAGCACUGCAUCAGUUUGGCUAUUGGAAAUAAGGAAGAACAUGCCAUACUUCUCUGUAAUUUCUUUUUGUAUUUUGGAAAGAAAGCCUUGGUCCUCCUGGGAACCUCAAUGUUGGAAGGACAUGUGGCUUAUGUGUUAACUCAGGAAACUGAUGAAUAUUUGCUUUGGAAUCCAUUGACUGGGCAGUGUCAUAAGCAGUUUGACCCAUUUUGUCCCUUACAAGGCGUAGACUGUUUGUUUGAUGAUGGAAAUGUAUGGUUUAAUAUUCAACAAAAUAAUACACCAAUGGCUGUACAUUUUGACUAUUCAAAGGAAAGUUUCUGGAAACAGAUGCUUCCAAAAAAUUUUCAAGGAAGAAAAGCACAAAGCAUACAGCCUAAAGAAAUAAUUUAUUCAGAUACUAAUAAAAGCAUGGUAGAAGACAUAAAGAACAGGAUUGAAAGGACUCUAAAAUGUAAAAUGAUGGAAUGGCGACCUAAACAGCCAACACGUUGGAAUCGACAAUGUACUUCUAUUUUGCGACAAAUCCUUCCUAAGCUGGAACUUGGAACAGGAAGCUUUGUUUCAUCUGAAGAAGAGAGUGAAUUUGAAAGACUGCUACAAUUUUAUUGGGUCACAGGAUUUCCCAUCCAGAUGCCAUACACUGAUGUCCAGUCAGUUGUUGAUGCCGUGUAUCACACUGGAAUUCACUCUUCUGAAUUUCCACAGACAGAAUUUGCUCUAGCUGUAUACAUUCACCCAUACCCAAACAACGUGUUAUCUGUAUGGGUCUAUUUGGCUUCCUUAGCCCGACAUCAGUGA